AUGUCUGAACUUCCUCAAUUCAUAAAAAAUUUCGGAAGAAUGAGAUUAUGCAAAGUUGCCUUCCCAUUACCUAAAUAAGAAGAAUAACCAAAGGAAGAAAAACUAAAAGAAUAAAACCAAAAGAGGAAAAACAAAAAUAAAAAAGUAAAAGGAAUAAAACCAAAGGAAGGAGAAAAGCCAAAGGAAACAUAAAAAUAAAAAACAUAAGACGAUAAUGAGCCACUUCCUGAAAAGAAAAAGAAUCCUUUAGAUUUACUUCCUCCACUCCAUUCAAUAUUGAUGACUAUAAAAGAGCCAUCUUUGCUGAAAAUGAUAUUCCCAAGAAUAUUUAAUAACUCUUCACUUAAGUUGACGCUAAAGGCGGGGUCUUUAUGGAUUGUCACCUAUAAUAAAUCUCAAAAUGAAGGUAAAUAACUUAUUUUAACAAAUAAUUUGAUGAAAGGAUUUAUUGAUUAAAGAUUGGAUAAAAUUUUAGAAAAUACUCUUUUGCUAUUCAUGGUGUUUAUGGUGAUGAACCAAAUUUGAAAAUCAGAGAAGAAUGGCUUUGAAAAGGAAUUAAAGUCCCAUAAGAAUGUUUAAUAAUUAUAAUUAAUAUGUUUUUAAAAGAUCCUGUCGCUCAUGAUUACCUCGUUUUCAGAAGUAUCGACAUUAACAGUAAGUAUGAUAAGAAUGAUUUCACUGAACUUUUGGUGAACUAAGAAGAAGAUGUAACCAAAAGAAGCGGAUCUUAAAGCCAGAAGCUUGAUGUUUCGGAUGACAAUAAAAUAUUCAUA